AGAGGAGGAAAAAAGAAAGGAAAGAUAGAAGGUAUAAAAGGAAAGGAGAAGGAAUAGGGAAUAAGGACCGAAGGUGGCUUUCUUUCUAACGCAUAGGCCUGCAUUCCCAAGCAGUUCAGGUAUCCAAAGGUGAAGCUGCCCUCUGGAGCCUACAAGAUUGGCCCGCUUCAAGGCUCAGGCUACCUUGAGUUGGAUCUGCCCUUCUCUAAAGUUUUUUAUUAUUUCCCGGCCUGGCCCGGUAGCUUACAUCAUGUAGCUGCCGAUUAUCAGAAUUUACAAGGAACAGCGACCGAUCGAGCGUGGCUUAACUGGAGAGGACCAGACGAAGCUCUUAUAGCCUUUUUUUUUUUUAACAAAAGGAGCCUUUGCUGGGACUGCAGGUGCUGGAAUUUCUAUGAUAAAGAAAAAAGAAAGAAAGAAACAAUGGCGCAGGAUCCAGAGAAGAGGUUUCAUUCGAUCAUGGACAAGCUCUUCCACUCUUCUAAAUCCACCGCUUCCUCUAGUUCACCGGUGCCGGGAGCGAGGGGACAAGAACAACUAUUACGAGGCAAGAAACGGCCUUAUCCAUCGUUUUCUUUAGCAUUAGAAGAGAAGCAGCAUUCCUUAGUUGCGGGUGAAGCUCCAAUGUGUAGACCCUGGGAUAGAGGAGAUCUUCUGAGGAGGUUAUCAACUUUCAAAUCUAUGACUUGGUUUGCUAAGCCCAAGGUAGUAAAUGCUGUAAACUGUGCUAGGAGAGGUUGGGUCAAUGUGGAUAUGGAUAUUAUAGCCUGUGAAUCAUGUGGAGCGCGUCUCCUUUUUUCUACUCCACCUUCUUGGACACAGCAACAAGUUGAGAAGGCUGCCUUGGUGUUUGGCUUAAAGCUGGAUAGUGGACACAAAUUGCUUUGCCCUUGGAUUGACAAUGCCUGUGAUGAAAGUCUGGCCGAAUUUCCUCCCACUAUCCCUGCUGAUUUAGUUGAUAAAUUCAGGGAGAGAUCCAAUUCACUCUUUCAACUUUUAGCUCUUCCAGUGAUUUCAUCUUCGGCCAUUGAAUUUAUGAGAAGCCCUCAGCUCCAAGAAUUUCUAAGACAACCCUUAAUGGUGGAUUCUCAGACAGGGAACACAGAAUUUUCUCAAUUAGAAAGUGUUGAAGAUGGAUCUGAUGUGGAUUCUGCUAACUUGUAUUACCAGGCUCAAAAGCUUAUAAGUCUUUUUGGUUGGGAACUGCGUUCAUUACCUUAUGUAGUUGACUGCGAGGAUGGUCAGAAUCAAUUUGUCAAUGAUGCUGAUAUUUUAAAUUCAUCCAAGGGAGUUGAUUAUGGACGAAAUUUGAGUCUCAGCUUCAGUGCUACUGAUGAAAGUGAAAAUUUGGGUGCAAAUAAAGACUUUGAGAAUUCUUUUAGAUUGCAGUAUGAUCCCAAGUCUGUUGUUUUAGAUUGUGGGCUUUGUGGAGCUAGUGUUGGAUUAUGGGCUUUCUCCACUGUUCGAAGGCCUGUAGAGUUCUUCAGAUUAGUUGGAUGUGCAGAAGUCAAUCCUGGAGUCCGUGAUUCAGGCCAUGAAAGUAAAGUCGAUGAUGGGAUUGUCGCUGUUCCUUCAAAUGGUGGGUCAUCAUCUAUGGGGCAAUCUUCAAAUUUAAAAUUGACAAUAGCAGGGGGUCCACCACCAACACGACAAAACUUUAAAGCAACAAUCUCGUUACCUGUUAUUGGCCAGAGUUUAAGGGCUAGGCUUUCAUAUCAUCCAGAGUUUAAAGAUCAGAUGCAUAAUAAUCAAGAAGAUACUCAAGCAGAAUCCAAUUGCAAUAGGAUUGAGCAAGAAAUAGAUUGUUUCAACAAUAGUAUUAGUGGGGAAGUUGUUCCUUUGGAGGUCGUGAGAACUUUAUAUAGCAAAAAGGAUGAUCAAGUGAAUUGUAAUUCUACAAGGAAUGAUCAGUCUCCUUGUUCAAACCAUGAUGUUAGUGCAAGAGAUGAUAUUUUUAGAAACCUCACGCCAUUGGAAGGAACUGACUUCACUGCAGAAGAAAUAUCUCCUUGCAUUGGUACAUAUGAUUCUAAUGUGGGGGGUAAAAUAGAGAGUUUUCAGAAUGUAGUUCAAGAUUCUUGCCAAAAUAAUAACUUUCCUGGAAAGGAAGACGAUGAUAGAUCUGGCAAUUUUGCAGUAAAGGAUUCUGAUACAUUGCAUGUUGGAGAGUCUUCUCCUACUACCCAAGGUGCUAAUGUUUCCCCUAGAAAUGCGGAAACUAGGAAUAAUGAUUCAUCAGUUAUGAUUACAUCUGAAAAGUGCCAUCCAGAACAAAUUCUAAAAAGAGAUAAGGCUUGUGAUAAAGAAAUUUGUUUGCCUAGCCAUCAAGAGUCUACAUGUGUUGAUGGCACACACAAGAUGAACUCCAGAGAAAACAAAACUUGUUCCAACGGAAAGGAAGGGAUGAUUGCUGGAGAGCAGACUGCAUCGAACAAUAAGGUCUUAGCCUAUCCUAAAGGAAAGGAUCUAAAACAACUGCACAUGAUUAAAAUGGCAGAGUUUGAUCCGAUCAGGCAGCACAGACAUUUUUGUCCAUGGAUUUCAUCAACGGGUAGUGGGGCACCUGGAUGGCAACAAACGUUAUCUGCUUUGCUAUGCGGGAAAGAUUUUCCUAAUUCUUCACCUACAUGUUCUCCUUCAUCUGCCUCCGUGAUUAAGGUUGAUGAUCCCAUUGCUUCAGUUAGAAAGCUUUUCAUGUCUCCUAUGGCCAAAAGAAUGAAGAUCACCCGAGAAUCAACCUAAAUUAAUGUUUGUUACUUACUAGUAUUAUUGUGGUGUAUCAAUGCAUCUCCAAAGAGAUGGAAGAUUGAACUUCCUUAUUCUGUAUGUGACGAUCAUGUAUGUCGGUUUCUACCCUUUUCAAACAUACAAAUAUGUUGCAUCCAUUUUUAGGCUUUGGGCAA